AUGUCGGCUAUUCGUUCUCUGAGGAAAGGUGUCGACCUUUUGGGGUCGAAGUCUGUAUACCUUCAAUCCGCUCCUGUGGCUGCCAAUGGCAUCGGCCGCCAGCUCCCCUCGCUGCUGAGUCGCUCUCCCCGCGCUCCGGCUUCUGGUCGUCCCCUUGCCCGUUACACUGCCAGAACGGCUUCUCUUCCUCAGACUGCCGUGCGAUAUGCUUCGUCUCCGGCUUCCUCGGGGCCUCUGAGACAGACGCAGCUUUACGAUUUACAUGUCGCCCGGGGUGCAAAGAUGGUCCCCUUUGCGGGGUUCUCCAUGCCGCUGCAGUAUUCGGAUCUCAGCCAUGUUGAGUCUCACCACUGGACGAGAGAAAAGGCCAGUUUGUUUGACGUGAGCCACAUGGUUCAGCAUUCUCUUAGCGGCCCAGGUGCAAUGGAGCUGUUGAUGAAAGUUACCCCCUCCUCUCUCGAUAAGCUCAAGCCCAAUUCAUCCACUCUGUCGUGUCUGUUGGAAGAGGGAACUGGUGGCAUUGUCGAUGACACUGUUAUCACCCGUCGUGGCGAAGAUUCCUUUUACUUUGUGACCAAUGCGGGCCGGAGAACCGAGGACCUGGUUUUCCUGCAGGCCGAGAUCGACGCCUACCGCAAGGCCAACGGAGCGGACAGCCUUAAAUGGGAUAUCCUCGAGGACAGAGGUCUGGUUGCUCUCCAGGGUCCCCUGGCUGCCUCGGUUCUCCAGUCCUUGGUUCACUCUGAGGGUGUCUCCGCUGCUGAGGCUGAUCUGAGCACCUUGUACUUUGGCAACUGCCGCUCCCUUCACCUCACUCUCCCCGAUGGCUCCGCCACCUCGCAGCCUAUCCUUAUCUCCCGUACUGGAUACACAGGUGAAGAUGGUUUCGAAAUCUCCAUCCCCACCGAGGGCAACCCCUCGCUGCCCCAGCAGGUGACCGAGCUCCUCCUCUCCCGUCCCGACGAGGUGCGUCUUGCUGGUCUUGCCGCCCGUGACUCCCUCCGCCUUGAGGCCGGUAUGUGUCUGUACGGCAGUGAUAUCUCGACUGCGCAGACCCCUCCCGCUGCCUCCUUGGGCUGGGUUGUUGGCAAAGACCGCCGCGACCCCGCAGCUGCCACCUUCAACGGAGCCUCUGCCAUCCUCCCCCAAAUUGCCUCCCCAGCCAAGACUCUGUCUCAACGCCGGGUUGGAUUCACAAUCGAGAAGGGUUCGCCCGCUCGUGAGGGUGCUGUCCUCGUCGACUUGAACGAUGAGUCCCGCACCCCAAUUGGUGUCAUCACCUCGGGACUGCCCAGCCCAUCGCUGGGCGGAACCAACAUCGCCAUGGGCUACAUCAAGUCGGGACUACACAAGAAGGGUACCGAAGUGGGAGUGCUGGUGCGCAACAAGGUCCGCAAGGCUACUGUCACCGGUAUGCCGUGGGUGGAGAGCAAGUUCUACCGCCCCAAGGCAUAA